AUGAAGGAGCAGGCGGCAAUACAACGAUCAUCAGCAAAAUGUAGUAAUGCAGGUUCUGCAUGUAAAGCUACCGUUAUCGGUGGCCCUGUGAAAAACCCAAGCCCUGUCUGUUUAGGUUUGCAACAGGCUGUGUGCUUGGUGGUCCCCUUACCUGAUUGCUUCUGUGCUCACCAGUUGCUGGGGUCCAGCUGCAGGCAGCACGAACAGGGGCUCCCAAGGGGCAAGGGGAUUGAUGAAGGAGAUGGAGAGAAGGCUGAAGGCACAGCUCUGUUAAUUCCAGCAACAUCCUUAGUUCUAUACACAUUCUACGUAACAGGAACCGGGUUAGGAUCUCAGAAGAAAGGAGGAGGAGAAGGAGGAGGAGGAGGAGGAUCAGGGAAGCUGGAGGCAGCUGGUGGUGGGUCCCGUGAAAUCUGGUGCUGCGGGAGGGUCGGGGAGGCUGCUGGGGUUGGGUCAGCUCCGGGCCGGGCGCCUGGGGUCCCGGAGCUUCGGUCUCGGCCAGGGGAGACUCGAAGGCGGCUGCACGGGGACUGUGCCCUGCCUGCGGGCUGGUCCCGGAUUGAUUGGUAUCGGAUUACAUGCUUAUGUGGUAUACCAAAUCAAGUGAAUAUUGAAAUAUGUUCUUUCUAUUUUAGCUGGACCAGCCCAAUUUUGAAGAAAGGCUAUAGACAGCGCCUAGAAUUGUUGGACAUAUAUCAGAUCUCUUCUGCUGAUUCUGCUGAUAAUCUGUCUGAAAAGUUGGAAAGGGAAUGGGAUAGAGAACUGGCUUCAAAGAACAAUCCCAAACUUAUUCAUGCCCUUCGACGAUGCUUUUUCUGGAGAUUUACGUUCUAUGGGAUCUUACUGUAUUUAGGGGAAGUCACCAAAGCAGUACAGCCACUUUUACUGGGAAGAAUCAUUGCUUCUUAUGAUCCAGAUAACAAGGCAGAACGAUCCAUUGCCAUUUACCUAGCCAUAGGUUUAUGUCUGCUUUUUAUUGUGAGGACACUGCUCCUACAUCCAGCCAUUUUUGGCCUUCACCAUAUUGGAAUGCAGAUGAGGAUAGCUAUGUUUAGUUUAAUUUAUAAGAAGAUGAAAUCUAUCCUUCUGAAUCUGUAUUUCCCUUUGACCAAUUUUGAUAGCAAAUAUCUAACGGAACUAAAGUUGACCCGGAAGGCAGCCUAUGUGAGAUACUUUAAUAGUUCAGCCUUCUUCUUCUCUGGCUUGUUUGUGGUGAUUUUGUCUGUGCUUCCCUAUGCGUUCAUCAAAGGAAUCAUUCUUCGAAAAAUAUUUACAACCAUCUCCUUCUGCAUCGUUCUGCGCAUGGCAGUCACACGACAAUUCCCAGGGGCUGUGCAAACAUGGUAUGACUCUCUCGGAGCAAUAAACAAAAUACAGGAUUUCUUACAAAAGCAAGAAUACAAGACACUGGAAUAUAACCUAACAACCACAGAAGUAGUGAUGGAGAAUGUAACAGCCUUCUGGGAAGAGGGAUUUGGGGAAUUAUUUGAGAAAGCAAAAUUAAACAAUAAUAACCGAAAGAUUUCCAAUGGUGACAGUAAGCUCUUCUUCAGUAACUUUUCCCUUCUUGGUACGCCUGUCUUGAAAAAUAUCAACUUCAAGAUAGAGAAAGGACAGUUACUGGCAGUUGCUGGAUCUACUGGAGCAGGCAAGACAUCACUCCUGAUGAUGAUUUUGGGAGAGUUGGAGCCUUCAGAGGGUAAAAUAAAGCACAGUGGAAGAAUUUCAUUCUGUUCUCAGUUUUCCUGGAUCAUGCCUGGUACCAUCAAAGAAAACAUUGUUUUUGGUGUUUCCUAUGAUGAGUAUAGAUAUAGAAGUGUCAUCAAAGCAUGUCAACUGGAAGAGGAUAUCUCCAAGUUUGCAGAGAAAGACAACAUAGUUCUUGGAGAAGGUGGAAUCACACUGAGUGGAGGUCAACGUGCAAGAAUUUCUUUAGCAAGAGCAGUAUACAAAGAUGCUGAUUUGUACCUCUUAGACUCUCCUUUUGGACACCUAGAUGUUCUAACUGAAAAACAAAUAUUUGAAAGCUGUGUCUGUAAAUUGAUGGCUAACAAAACUAGGAUUUUGGUCACUUCUAAAAUGGAACAUUUAAAGAAAGCUGACAAAAUAUUAAUUUUACAUGAGGGUAGCAGCUAUUUUUACGGGACAUUUUCUGAACUCCAAAACCUACGGCCGGACUUUAGUUCAAAACUCAUGGGAUUUGAUUCUUUCGACCAAUUUAGCGCGGAAAGAAGAAAUUCAAUCCUCACGGAGACCUUACGCCGUUUCUCCUUAGAAGGAGACGUUUCUGCCUCCUGGAAUGAAUCCAGAAAACAAUCUUUUAAGCAGACUGGAGAGUUUGGAGAAAAGAGAAAGAACUCUAUCCUCAAUUCAAUCAACUCCGUAAGGAAAUUUUCAGUGGCACAGAAGCCUCCUUUACAGAUCAACGGCAUCGAAGAGGAUUCUGAUGAGUCCCUAGCAAGAAGACUGUCCCUGGUUCCAGAUUCUGAGCCAGGAGAGGGAAUUCUGCCUCGCAGCAACAUGAUCAACGCGGGCCCCACGUUUCAGGGUCGGAGGAGACAGUCUGUUCUGAACUUAAUGACACAUUCACCUAGCCAGGGCCCGAGCAUUCAUCGCAGGACCACAGCCUCCACCAGAAAAAUGUCGUUGGCUCCUCAGGCAAGCUUAACGGAGAUGGAUAUUUAUUCCAGACGCUUAUCUCAAGAGAGUGGUAUAGACAUCAGCGAAGAAAUUAAUGAAGAAGAUUUAAAGGAGUGCUUUUUUGAUGAUGUAGAGAGCAUACCAGCAGUUACCACAUGGAAUACAUACCUUCGAUAUAUCACCAUCCACAAGAACUUGAUUUUUGUGCUAAUUUGGUGCUUAGUUAUUUUUCUGGUUGAGGUAGCUGCUUCUUUGGUUGUGUUGUGGUUACUUAAAAACAUUCCUCCUCAAGAUGAUAGAAACAGCACCAAAAGUACAAACAACAGCUAUGCUGUGAUUAUCACCAACACCAGCUUCUAUUACAUUUUUUACAUUUAUGUGGGAGUGGCCGACAGUUUGUUUGUUCUGGGGAUCUUCAGAGGUUUGCCACUGGUACAUACACUGAUCACGGUGUCGAAAAUUUUACAUCACAAAAUGUUACAUUCUGUUCUUCAAGCACCCAUGUCAACCCUCAACACACUGAAAACAGGUGGGAUUCUCAAUAGAUUCUCCAAAGAUAUAGCAGUUUUGGAUGAUCUUCUGCCUCUUACCAUAUUUGACUUCAUUCAGUUGCUAUUAAUUGUGAUUGGGGCGGUGGCCGUAGUCUCCAUUUUACAACCCUACAUCUUCCUAGCAUCUGUGCCUGUGAUAGCAGCCUUUGUCCUUCUGAGAGCUUACUUUCUCCGCACCUCCCAGCAACUCAAACAACUGGAGUCUGAAGGCAGGAGCCCAAUUUUCACUCAUCUUGUGACAAGCUUAAAAGGAUUAUGGACACUUCGUGCCUUUGGACGUCAGCCUUAUUUUGAAACAUUGUUCCAUAAAGCUCUGAAUUUACACACUGCCAACUGGUUCUUGUAUCUGUCAACACUGCGCUGGUUCCAGAUGAGAAUAGAAAUGAUUUUUGUCCUCUUCUUCAUUGUUGUUACUUUCACUUCCAUUUUAACCACAGGUGAAGGUGAAGGAUCAAUUGGCAUUAUUCUAACUUUAGCUAUGAAUAUCAUGAACACAUUGCAAUGGGCUGUAAACUCCAGCAUUGAUGUGGAUAGUUUGAUGCGCUCUGUGAGUCGAAUCUUUAAGUUUAUUGACAUGCCAACAGAAGAAGGUAAUUCUGCCAAAUCAACAAAACCAUCCAAAGACAGUCAGCUCUCAAAGGUUAUGAUUAUCGAGAAUCAGCUGGUGAACAAAGAUGACAUCUGGCCUUCAGGAGGCCUAAUGACUGUCAAAGACCUCACAGCAAAAUACGUUGACGGUGGGAACGCCAUAUUAGAAAACAUUUCCUUCUCAAUCAGUCCUGGCCAGAGGGUAGGCCUCUUAGGAAGAACUGGAUCAGGGAAGAGCACUUUGUUAUCAGCUUUUCUGAGGCUUCUGAACACUGAAGGAGAAAUCCAGAUUGAUGGUGUGUCUUGGGAUUCAAUAACUUUGCAGCAGUGGCGAAAAGCCUUUGGAGUGAUACCUCAGAAAGUAUUCAUCUUUUCUGGAACAUUUAGAAAAAACUUGGAUCCAUAUGAACAGUGGACUGACCAAGAAAUAUGGAAAGUUGCAGAUGAGGUUGGACUCAGAUCUGUGAUAGAACAGUUUCCUGGGAAGCUUGACUUUGUCCUUGUGGAUGGGGGUUAUGUGCUAAGCCAUGGUCACAAGCAGUUGAUGUGCUUGGCCAGAUCUGUUCUCAGCAAAGCAAAGAUCUUACUGCUUGAUGAACCCAGCGCUCAUUUGGAUCCCAUAACGUAUCAAGUAAUUCGAAGAACUCUAAAGCAAGCAUUUGCCGAUUGCACAGUGAUCCUGUGUGAACACAGGAUAGAAGCAAUGUUGGAAUGUCAACAAUUUUUGGUCAUAGAAGAGAACAGAGUGAGGCAGUAUGACUCCAUCCAGAAGCUUCUGAGUGAGAAGAGCCUGUUCCGGCAGGCCAUCAGCACCUCAGACAGGGUCAAGCUCUUCCCACACCGCAACUCCAGCAAGCACAAGUCUCGAUCCCAAAUUGCAGCUCUGAAGGAGGAGACAGAGGAAGAGGUCCAAGAAACCCGACUCUAG